UCUCGGCUCUUUGUGGGAAGGAAGAGGUUAAUAGAGAACAAAGGCUUUGGAGGCUGAUGAUGCCCCCCUGCCCUGCCCCCCCGGGGCUGUUUGCAGGAGCUGGGAGGGCGUCAGACGCCUUAAAAGAUCCAGAGACCGAGGAGGAUCCUGACGCUGAGAAGACUCCCGGCCGCCGAGGACGGAUCUGCCCCGGAAUCACAGGCGCCCGUUGAAGCGAGAGCGCCCCCUUCUGCCAUGGCUUGUGAACAGACCUGCAAUUACACCGGCCGCUUCGAGGCGACGCUCUUCCCCAUUACCUACUCGGUGGUUUUUAUCGUCGGCCUCUUCGGGAACUUGGCCGCCGUCGGCGUGAUCGUCCAGCACGUGAAGCGAGGCAAUGUGCUCGGCGUCUACCUGGCCAACCUGUGCGCCUCCGACCUCAUGUACAUCUUCACCCUCCCCGUCUGGAUCGCCUACACGGCCAAGGAGGACUGGCUGUUCGGUGCCCUGACCUGCAAGAUCGUGGGCUUCUUCUUCAACGCCAACCUCUACACCACCAUAGCGUUCCUGAGCUGCAUCGCCGCCGACCGCUUCGUAGCCACGGCCUUCCCGUUGCGCUCCAGGGGGAUCAGGAGCAUGAAGGGCGCUGGCGUGGUUUGCGGGGCCGUCUGGUUGGCCAUCUUGGGUUCCCAUUCCUACUUCCUGAGCCGGGAUGACCUGUUUACCUCCAGUCAGAACGUGGAGCUCUGCUACGAGAGGUACCCCAUGGAGAGGUGGAUGGCCCACCUCAAUUAUUUCCGAAUAUUCGUGGUCUUCCUGAUCCCGCUGGUUCUUCUGGUGUUUUCUUAUUGUUCCAUCAUCAGAGUCAUCCAUCGGACGUUUGGACUGGACACGGAGCAGAAAAGGAGGAUCACCGGCCUUCUGAUUUCCAUGACCGCCAUCUUUGUGCUUUGCUACCUUCCCUACCACGUGGUCCUCUUCAUCCGCUCGUACGUGAGCGACAGCGGUUACUGCAGCUGCGACAUCGAGAAGAAGGUCCGCCCGGCCUAUCGAGUCACUUUCGCUCUCACCAGCCUCAGCAGCGCCCUCGACCCUUUCCUCAACAUCUUCGUCAGCGACGGGGUGAUCCAGGACCUCCUGGUGGAGCUCAAAGCCAUCGGCCUUUAUCUAAGGUUUCGGGGGAGAAGUAAGAAGAACGUGUUGAGCUGUGUCAAUGCCGUGUGUAGUGGGGUGACGCAGAGAGACAACGGGCUUCUGUGCACACAGGAGAACGGAGCGCAAACAAGGCUUUAGUCAACGCAAGACAACCGCCGAGUGGUUCAAUAAACAAUGAACAAUGGGGCCUUGUAAUUCCACCUGAAGGAUAACGGUCAACUCUGAGUCAUCGCAAUGAUUUUUCAAAGCUCCUCGCUGCUGCUAGAAGUCUAGGACGGGAUCUCAUCUCAGAAGCUUUGAGGAACCAUCUAUUUAAGGCCAAAUGGACGCCGAAAGCCUGGCAUGGAUCAUCCAAUGCCACCCAAAGGAUAAUGGUCAAGCCGGUCGUCUCCAUGACUCUGGAGACCUCCUCGAUGCUUCAGCAUGUAAACUCAUCUCAGGAUCUUUGAGGGACCUUCGCAUUUCUACUCAA